AUGCGGGCUGUAUCCAGGACUAAGGGAUGUAUCCAGGACUACGGGCUGUGUCCAGGACUAAGGGCUGAACCCCCGCCCAAGCAAAUCGGCUGUAUCCAGGGACCCCCUGCCCAAGCGAAUCGGCGACCCAGGGACCACCCCUGCCCAAGCAAAUCGGCUGUAUCCAGGGACCCCCCUGCCCAAGCAAAUCGGCGUACCCAGGGACCCCCUGCCCAAGCAGAUCGGCUGUAUCCAGGGACCCCCCCUGCCCAAGCAGAUCGGCGUAUCCAGGGUUACCCCCUGCCCAAGGAAUCGGCGACCCAGGGACCCCCCUAUCCCAGGCUAAGGGCAACCCAGGACCCCCCACCUGCCCAAGGGAUCGGCGGCCCAGGACCCCCUAAGCCCAAGCUGUAUCCAGGGCAACCCAGGAACCCCCGCCCAAGGAAAUCGGCGUAUCCAGGACCCCCUGCCCAAGGGCGAAUCGGCGACCCAGGGCCACCCCUCCAGGGACCCCCCCUGCCCAAGGGCUGUAUCCAGGACCCCCCUGCCCAAGCAAAUCGGCUGUAUCCAGGGACCCACCCCUGCCCAAGCAAAUCGCUGUACCCAGGGCUGUACCCCCUGCCCAAGCAAAUCACCCCCCUGCCCAAGCAGAUCGGCGGGGACUGCCCAAGCAGAUCGGCGACCCAGGGACCCCCUGCCCAAGGACAAAGGGCUGGAACCCCCCUGCCCAAGCAAAUCGGGCGUACCAAGGACCCCCUAAGCCCAGGACAAAUCUGCAACCCAGGAACCCCCCUGCCCAAGCAAAUCGGCUGUAUCCAGGAACCCCUUGCCCAAGGAUCGGCGACCCAGGACCCCCUGCCCAAGGGAUCGGCGAUCCAGGACCCCCCUAAGCAAAUCGGCGACCCAGGGCCCCCCCCUGCCCAAGCAAAUCGGCGACCCAGGGACCCCCCUGCCCAAGCAAAUCGGCUGUACCCAGGGACCCCCCUGCCCAAGCAGAUCGGCGUACCCAGGGACCCCCUGCCCAAGCAGAUCGGCGUACCCAGGGACCCCCUGCCCAAGCAAAUCGGCAACCCAGGAACCCCCCUGCCCAAGCAAAUCCAGGACCCAGGGACCCCCUGCCCAAGCAAAUCGGCAACCCAGGAACCCCCCCUGCCCAAGCAAAUCGGCGAUCCAGGAACCCCCUAA